CUGGAACCAAGAAACGAGCGAGCGAACCGCUCGACCCCUGUUCGCAUCGGGGGAAAGGAGUGGAGACGCAGCGACGGCUAGGGUUGCCGCGCCGCCGCCGGACCCAACCUCGCCGGCCAGGCCCUUGCCGCCGCCCGCCCGCCUGGCCCUUGCUGCCGCCGGCCAGGUUCCCGCCGCCACCGCCCGCCUUAUCUCCCUUCGCCGCCCCUCUUCCUUCGCUGCUCGUCGUCCCUCCGCCGUGUCUCCACCAACACCGACGGCCACCGACGCUGCACCUCGACGGGCACCGCCGCUGCACCUCGACGGCUACGAGCAACCCACGCGAGGAGCAGAACGCACCCACGAUGGAGAAAGUCAAAGAACCCAAAGCAAAUUGGGACAGUGCUGCUCAUACAGUUUUUAUGAAUGCGUGCGUAGAGGAGGUUCGAGCAAAUAACCGCAACGGUGGUUAUUUGUCGGACAUAGGACAAGCUAAUUUGCAUAAAAAAUUCAACGAACGCUCUGGAAGAAACUAUUCGACCCGGCAAAUCAAAAAUAGGUGGGCUGUAUGUAGAAGCGAGUACAACACAUGGAAGACAUUGAUCCAGCAAGCAUCUGGCUUAGGAAGAGCUGAGCAUACACACACUAUUGCAGCUACAAAUGAGUGGUGGGCAUUGGAGAUAAAGGCACAUCCAGAAGCUGCCAAGUUUCGUUAUGCUCCACUAGCAGAGGAGGAAAAAAUGUCAGAGGUUUUCGAUACUACUUGUGUCACAAAUGAGCAUGCAAGGGUAUCAACUCCCUCGUAUCAAGGUGAUCCCUCUCGAAUCAGUUUGGAGGAUGACUCAGGGUGUGAUAGUCAUGAAGGCCAAUUUACCCUUGUUCAAAAUCGAGCCAAGGGUGGGAAGAAGAGGGCGUGUCCUUAUUCGCCAAGUCCAAAGAUGAAUGACAAGUGGGCAAGUGAGAAUGCUAAAAAUGAGGCUUUUGUACGCAUGGUGGACAUCUUUGGUGCAAGAGACAAGAGGGAUGCAGAGGAGAUUGCAAGGGAGAAGAGGGAUGCAGAGGAGAGGGCAAGGGAGAAGAGGGAUGAAGAGGAAAGGGCAAGGGAGAAGAGGGAUGCAGAGAAGAGGGAUGUAGAGGAGAGUGUGGAUCCAACAAGAGAAGAGAUUAAACAAAUGAUGGCCAUGGUGGAAGCGGAUGGUGCAAAACCAGGAAGUGAUGAGCAUUUCUAUGCUACAUUUCUUUUCAUGGAAAAGAAAUAUCGUGAUGUUUUCUUCACUUUCACGUCUCAUAAAUAUGUUGCAAGGCUUGGAUGCAUAAAGAGGAUGUGGGAGCUCAAUAAUAAGUAGAACAUCUAUGUUUUAAUUGCUUUCUACCAGACUAUUUACUUGUAAUGUUGUGAGCUAAGCUACUUGCUUUGGAGGUGUACUUUUGUGAACUAAGCUAUUUGCUUUGAAGAUGUACUGUUAUCUGAACUGUGUUGUAUCUAAUAUUACACUAUGUGCA